AUGGAGUACAUGGGAAGCAAUAUAACAUACAACAAAGACAUAUACAGUGAGUUUAAGUACUAUUGUGAACAGCAUGAGAUUGAAGUAAUGAGUAAAGGAGACUUUGAAACGCUUAUGAAAGACAGUGAGGAGGUCGUUCAUGAGAACAGUGUUGAAAUAGUUCACGAGAACAGUGAUGAAAUAGUUCAUGAGAACAGUGAUGAAAUAGUUCAUGAGAACAGUGUUGAAAUAGUUCAUGAGAACAGUGAGGAGGUCAUACAUGAGAACAGUGAUGAAAUAGUUCAUGAGAACAGUGAGGAGGUCAUACAUGAAUGCAAUGAUGAAAUAGUUCAUGAUGUCGUUCGUGAAGAAGCCAUUGCAACAAAGAAUGAGAUAAAGGAUUUCAUAGAACUUAACAAGGAGGAGUUUAAAGAAGGCUAUGAAGUGAAAAGAUGUGAAGAAGAUUUCUUGGCGUAUUUGAAGAAAAAGAGACUAAAGCCAAUGGCUCAAAAUAAGUUUCAAUCGAUGUUUGAAAAGAAACGUUUGAGCUAUGGUGGUGUAAGAAGCACAUAUUACUUUGUUAAGAAGUGA